UCGCUGCAGCGAGGAGAGCAGAGGAGAAAUCUGACAUGUUUCUGUAAAUCAGCCACAGAAACAUUCUUAAAGCAGAGAAUUAUUCUUCUGGUUUCUGUGAGCUUGUAAUUUUACAGUGGUUUAUUCGAAAGGAAGGCUUUUGUCGCUUUGAGCAGACAGACUCGGCCCGCCGCGUGUUUUGAAGGAUCAUCGCCUUCGUUGAUCAUCGCCUUCGUUUGACCAGCUCGUCCAGUUAGAGACACAAAAACACCGAAAAGGAGAUCGAACCGAGCGGAGCCGUGCGGGAGCUGUGCGUGCUGCAGCCCGAGGUGUGCUGCUGGACAGGGCAUGCUGAAUAAUGAGCCAAACGGACACGCUGAUUCAUUUGUUUGCUGGAGGAUGCGGUGGUACAGUGGGUGCUAUAUUAACUUGUCCGCUGGAGGUGGUGAAGACCAGAUUGCAGUCUUCGUCCAUCAGGCUCUACAUCUCUGAAGUGCACCUCAGCAGUAUUAACGGAGCCAGUUUAGCCCGUGUGGCUCCACCGGGACCUCUACACUGUCUUAAGUUAAUUCUACAGAGAGAGGGACCUCGCUCACUCUUCAGAGGACUGGGACCCAACAUUGUCGGUGUGGCACCGUCCAGGGCGAUCUACUUUGCUGCUUAUUCAACAGCCAAGGAAAAUCUGAAUGGCGUGCUGGAGCCAGACUCUACGCAGGUGCACAUGGUGUCUGCUGGAAUGGCAGGGUUCACAGCCAUUACAGCUACCAAUCCCAUCUGGCUAAUCAAGACCCGUCUGCAGCUUGAUGCCAGAAACCGUGGUGAGCGACGCAUGAAUACUUUAGAGUGCAUACGGCGGGUGUACCAGAUGGAUGGCUUGCGAGGUUUUUACAGGGGAAUGUCUGCAUCAUACGCUGGGAUCUCUGAGACUGUUAUCCAUUUCGUCAUCUAUGAGCGCAUCAAACAUAAACUACUCGAGAAUAAGACCCACACCAGCAUGGAAGAAGAGGAUGAGUCUGUUAAAGGCACCUCAGAGUUUGUGGGCAUGAUGCUUGCAGCUGCUACCUCCAAGACUUGUGCCACCACCAUUGCCUACCCCCAUGAAGUGAUCCGCACACGACUACGAGAGGAGGGCAGCAAGUAUCGCUCAUUCUUCCACACACUGCUGACUGUACCCAAAGAGGAGGGCUAUCGGGCGUUGUACCGUGGCCUAAUCACACAUCUUUUCAGACAAAUCCCCAAUACCGCCAUCACAAUGUUCACAUAUGAAGUGGUGGUCUACCUGCUAGGCUGUUAGACCGUCAGCCGUUUCUGCUUUCUACUUGGAGAGGGAGAGAGAUGGAUGUAAUUACAGAUGACUGACAAGGAUGCUGUUUUGAAAUGCUGCAAGGAAGACCAAAGGAAAACUGAUGAUCCUGUGGUGGACCAGAAAAGGAUGGAGGCACAGGAAGGAGAAGCCCUGUGUUACUAUAUUAGCCCUUCUGAAAGCGAAAGUGAGCGCUAAAGUUCAGAGAUGACACGUUAAUGUAAAUGGAAGCAGAGAGAGAGAGAAGAAAAAAGGCUGGUCACCUGUUAGAAGGUACCUUUGAAUGAAAGGAUUCAAAGCACACGUCGGUGGCCUUAAACAAAAAGGCUUUUGUUUGUGUUCUCCUUGAGCGUCGAACAGAAAUCUGUUUGUCUGAUAAGAUCAUACUGUAGAUGGGAAAUGCUUGGAGAUAGCUGAAUUUUACAGGAAAAAAAUUAGUGGGUUUUGUGUUUCAGCAAGUCCUACUUGGUACUACUUCAUCAUCUCUCUGCCUGUUGGCACCCUGCACUCAGUACAGAUUUAAUGACUGACAGCUAGAAGAAGAGCAUUUAUAGGUUCCCUCACACUUUUUUUUUUUUGGGUCGUAAUGUAAAAUUCUUAUAUGGGGAUAGAAAAAUGAUAAAUUGUUCAAAUCAGCCUUGAUUUCAGCAGCUUAAUGGAUACUGUAAUCGCCACAGAGUGGCUUUUCACAGUGUGUCCUUGCAGCUGGCACCUGAAGCAUCACAUUUUUAAAAUAUGGAAUAUUGUGCAAAAUUUGUAAAGAUUAUUUUGCACAAAAACAAUAAUAAAGGUUAUUAAAUGUAUAACAUAAAUAAGCAAAAUAUUUGAUCACUUUUCACCUUUUUAAAAAAUUAUAAUUUUUUAGUGGUCUCCUGCAAUUUCAAAGAAAAGUGCCAGUGAUCACAUUUUUUUAGCUUUAGAUAAUUGAUUGAUCAUUGAUCUGUCAUUAAUGAAAUGGGGUAAAGCACAUUUGACCUUUCAAAUUAUUAUAUUUUUGUUAACCUACUGAUUAAUAAAAAAAAAUCAGUAUGUUAUUAAGAUAUCUAAAAUGUUUGUGCAGUACUGUGGAUGCAUUUGAAACAUACAUUAGCAGGGUAUUCAUUCAGCUGCUGGUCAUUGGUCAGUAUGGUGUACCAUCAACCACGAGGCAAGAUUUAAGGGGCAAAACUUCUGACACAGCAAGAAUGACUGAAUAAAGCUGUUUCUUGAGAGUCUACAAAUCUCAUUCUACAGGACACCAGUCCUACAUAGGUUAUUUCCCAAAACAAGGUUGGCGUGCAGUUCCAGCUGGGUGGACUGGCACAGUGUAAAUGAAGUGUCUUGUCUAAGGACAUGGAUGGGUACCGUGACCAGGAAUUACCCGAGGUCCAUAUAUUAAUACUCCAACUACUGUCCCACUGUUAUACUCUCUCUAGUACAAAAUGAAUGACCUCUUACUGGAAAUUUGGAUAAACCCAUCUCCAGUUUAGCUACGCGCUAGUUCUUCCUCACUGCAUGCGGUUUAGGAAUGAUCCCAACCCUCAUCAUGAAAGGGUAUUUUCCAACAGGUUCUCAAUCAUACUCUCAUCAGAAGCAAGUUUUCAGAAUUGUCUUCUUUUUACAGAAAGCUGAACUGUUUGAAUCAGGUUUUCUGAAUUUAGCUAGUUGUAACAAUCAAUGCUUCUAAGGAAUCUCAGAAGAACCUUUUCAGCUAUCCAUUGUUUGUCCUUUAACGUACCACACUGACCAACCAACUUGGUCAUAUAGCACGAAAAUUGCCAGAAUUUAAAAAAAGAAAGAAAGAAAAAAAAAAAGAUCUUUUGGCUUUUCCCUAAGGGUCACUACAGCAGAUCUAAAGUUUAAUGGUGCAUGCCCUGCCUGACACACAACUUCACAUUACAUGGACAACAGGUAGGGGUGGUCUUGAACUAACUACUUGGCCGCCACUCCUACCCAUGAAAAUUGAAAAUUGACACAAUACUUUUUUUUGUGAGCCAAAAGGUGGUCAAAAUUGGGCACUGGAAUGUUGGAAGGAUGAAAUGGCAUGUUUCUGCGCUACUUUAGGCAUUCCCCUCUGAGCUCUGCAGUUCAGCCCUUCUUCCUGAAGGUGGCGCACAAUAUUAAACCCACUUCUCACUGGGAUGAGUUUGUGAUUCUUUGUCAGCAGACGCUAGUGUUCAUAAAGAAUGCUGGGUUCUGCUUGGUGUUUAUUCCUUUCUAACCCAAAAGUUGCUGUUAACGCCUUUCAAAGCUGAAGUUGGACAGCUGUGUCAUCUUUUUGAAGUUGGAUGAACUACAGACUGGCGACUAGUUUUUACUCACAAUGUUGAAGUCUUGCAUGAUUACCUGAGACCACAGAAAGAGUGUGACUAUCCAAACGGUACUAAGUCGCAACUAUUGGAGUGGUGCUGCUUGAACAUAGUGUGAAGAUGUUUCAUUAUCACCCACAACCUGCUAAUCAAGGGUUUGUGUUUUUGUUCCAGUGACUCACUUACGCAGAGGUUUGCAGUGAUGAAAUGUUCACUGCUGGUAGCUUUCAUAAUCCAGCUGAUCCUAAACAUGCACUUUGUGGCCUUUUGGGCUUCUGCUUUGCAUUUUACUGUGUGGACAUUGUAAACUUGUACAUUGUAAAAUGAGAAAAGUAUUACUGUAAUAUCAAAAUAGUAUUUUGUGCAGCAGUGUUUAGCAGAAAUAUUCAAUUUAGCAUAGCUAUAAAGGAUGUUCAAAUGUGUGUGUGUAUAUAUAAUAUGUAUAUAUAUAUAUAUACGUGUGUGUAUAUAUAUAUAUAUAUAUAUCUUCUGUGGUGUUUUUUUUUUUGUUUUGUUUUUUUUUGACAAUGUAUGUUUGUACUGUUUUGUAUUUGUGCAAUUUAAUGUUUAGAAAUGGAGUGGUGAAAUGGAAAUUUGUAUUCACUGUUUUUGUUUUUUGGGGUGUGUGUGUGUUUGUGUUUGUUUUAUUUUAAGUGAUCUUAUGUGUUUGCACGGAAACGCACAAAUACUUCUAUGGCCAGCAUUUGUUUUGUUGCAGUGGGCAUUUGCAUUACAGCAUUCAUAUAAAGUGUUACAUUACAGUUUGCAA